AGCUGCAGCCCUUAAAUUUUAAGGGCUGCAGCUUUUCAGUAAAAUUCUGAUAAUUGUUUAAUCAAUGCACAGGUAUUUUUGCUGGUGUCAAGAUUAAGAACAUUAUGUGCAGCAGAUAGCUGAACCACAGCCAGCAGUAAUCAGAUGACUCUAUGAGUCAGCAGGGUUUUUUCUUACACACCCAAGUGAUGAUAGGAAUGUUUUACAUUUUUUAUUAUUUGAUCUUUUAGUGAUGUAUUUAUUUAGUUUAUCAAUGCAUUCAUAUUUUGUUUAAUAAUACUUUUUUUUUUUUAACAUAAAUUCCCAGCUGAUUCCUGUCUCUGUGUGAUGUCAGCCUGUCAGAGUGGAGUGUGUGCAGGGUGCAGUGCGCAGCUGGCAGUGACAGUGUAUGGGUGUGACCAGGCCAAGCCAGGCUCCGCUCGAUGUCACCACACAGUCAGUCUGCAGGCUGACAUGUGACACACAUUUACACACGCACACACACACGCACAUACAGAUACGGACCCGGUGCCCGGCGGCUGCACACCGACCUGCUCUGCUCUGCUCUGCUUCCACAAGCCACACUGAGAUGGAGAUGUCAGCGACUGCAGGUAGUGUGGAGAUGUCUGGCCGCCGUCAGCGCACUGGCACUGUGAAGAGGAGGAGGUGGGGAGGUCUGAGGCAGCAGUGGAAGCUUCUGGGCUUGUUUGAGAUUGAUCAGCAGCAUGAGUUCUACAGCCUGACCUGCAUGAUGAAGGAGGGAUUGGCAGCAGCCAUCCAAAGCACCGUUGACAAAACACCCACAAACGAACUCUCAGAUGAUGAUUUCAGAUUAGAGGUCACUCAGAUUCAUAAGGAUUUCACAAUGGAGACAUUUGCAGGCCCAGUGUUUGCCAGCCUGCGUGGCUCUUUAGGAAUGACGGAGCAGGAGUAUCAGCAGUCGCUAUGCUCUGAAAACUGCUACCUCCAGUUCAUCAGCAAUUCCAAGAGCAAGGCUGACUUCUUCCUAACAAAUGAUAAGCGCUUCUUUUUGAAGACCCAGAACAAAAGGGAAAUCAAAUUUCUUCUGGCCAACCUGAAGAUCUACAUUGAUCAUCUGAGGAAAUAUCCCCAUUCACUGCUGGUCAAGUUUCUAGGUGUUCACAGGAUCAAAAUCCCACACAGACGAAAGAAAUACUUCAUUGUUAUGCAAAGUGUGUUUUAUCCAGAUGAUCGAAUCAACGCCAGGUACGACAUUAAGGGCUGCGAGGUGAGUCGCUGGACGGAGCCUGCGCCAGAGGGGAGCCAGAUUAUUGUGGUUCUCAAAGACCUCAACUUUGAAGGACAGUACAUCACUCUAGACCAGCAGCGUCCCUGGCUCCUGCGUCAGGUGGAGAUCGACACACACUUCUUGCGGAGGCUCAACGUCUUGGACUACAGUCUCCUCCUGGCCCAUCAGCCCUUACACCACGACGAACGCCACCAGAGUCUCUCCUUCGCAACUCUCAUCAUGAGAACCAAAAAAUCUGUAAAUCCAGGUUCCAGCCCUAUCCAUGCAGGCGUAGCUGCUGUCCCUGGGGCAGUCCCAGAAGAUGAUUCCAACUUACUUUUAUCUGACAAAGAUGAUGGUUGUUUGCAGCAAUCAAAAGCAGGAGAUGCAUCAAGUGGUGGUGCUCUUCAAACAUGCCCAGAGCAUGCAGGGCCAGGCCAUGACGCAGCCGAGCUUCAGGAUUUCAAGGCCCAAAACCGACGUUUGCUGCCCAAUUUAAAGAAUCCUCUACACAUCAUCGACGGACCAGAGCAGCGCUACUUCAUUGGCAUCAUUGACAUUUUUACAGUUUACGGUUUUAAGAAGCGGCUGGAGCAUUUGUGGAAGAGGCUGAGGCAUCCAGGGCGCUCCUUCUCCACUGUCAGUCCACAGACUUACUGCCUCAGGCUAUGUCACUGGAUACAGGACCAUACCAAGUAGACCCUGGAUGAGUGGUGGAGACUUAACCACCAACUCUCACUGAGCACGUUUAUACUGUAUCUGUAUCAUGGCACCAAUCCUUUCAUCUUUCCACAUGCUCAAAAACAUGCACUGACAUCCAUAACUCUAUGUUUGUGUCUUAUUUAUGAGCAUGCAGUAGACAUUUUUAGCACAUAAAAGUAUUUUCUGCAGGCACUUAAACAAUAUUUUAUAGAGAAAUCAUUAAGCAAUACAAAGAGUGGUGAAAGACUGUACUCGCUCAAUUUGGUAUGGACUAAAUAUGCCUUUUUGUAUAACGGCUAAAUAAAAAAGACAGACUUCAAAUGUACGGUACCGUAUUGCAUAAAGUUACUUAAUACAGCCUUAAAGGAGAUGCAAACAAACAGUAAAAAUUAUAAUGUUGUUUAAAGGUCCAGUGUAUAUAAUUAAGUGUCUUCUAGUGGUAGAUUGCAACUAACUGAACACCACUGUCGUCUGUAUUUGAUGACCUGGGAAUGAGAACAGUCUGUGCAGGAAAAACUAAGGUGGACGUGAACCUAGUGAAAGCCCAUAUCUAGAGCCAGUGUUUGAUUUGUCCCUUCUGGGCCACUGUAAUAACAUGGCAGUUCAACUUGACGAACUCCACACAAGGCGACCUGUGGCAUCUGUAAAUAAAAACAGCUCAUUCUAAGGUAACAAAAACACAAUGCUUCCUAUAUUCAGGGGAUUACACACGAAUGAAAACAUACCUAUGGAUAUUAUAUCCUUCAUUUGUUACACACUGGACCUUUUUAAAUGAAUAAAAAAAAUUAAAACAAAUCCCUUGUUAGUCAUGGGUGUCUGCGCCUGGACCUGUGUGGUUGUUAUCACGUACAAUUGGCACAAACAAUUCACUGCACACGCAAGAACCUUACUCAAUCUGUGAAUAGAUUGCAUGCAAUGGAAUAGGCUCACCACAUUAAAGCCAGAUGCUGAGGUUAACCAGACAUUUUCAUCAGUGUGUUGAUAGAUUGAUUGCGUCCUGGAAAAAAAUGCACAUCCUCGUUUUGAUGUGGCCUCUGACCCAUUCUCCCUUGGAUUCUGGCAUUCUUCAGAAUAUGAAUUAAUAGAUAAAAUACAAUACCUACUAUUAAUUCAUUCCAGGUGAACCGUAAAUCAGAGUACUGACAGUUUGACAACAGGGAAAAGGUGUUUUUAUCUAUCCUGCCACGCCGGGGUUGAGUUGGCUAAUGUUGGCUGUACAAGCUAACUUGCUAACGGCAUCUUACAUUACUGUUGGCAACAGUUAACUUCCUUUAGCUCUUCUGUAUCGCUAAAAGAUUGAUUGAUGAGUGAAUGUCAUGAUAUUACUUUAUUUCACCUGGACUUACAAAUACACUUACAAAUAUGAUGAAAAAGAACUCAAACUUAUAUGUUACCUUUGCUUUUCUGACCAGUGAGAUAUAUAUGCUAACGUAUGAAUGUCUGAAUACAAAGACUGAAAAUAUGAUAACACUUGCAGCAUAUUACUUUUUAAGAUGCCACCAACUUUGUUAACGGAGCUCUUUCCUUGCUGUUUCACUUUUACUCAACACUGUGCCUUAUGUCUGCAAUUUAAAAGUAUGUGCUCUAACCUUUGCCAACUGGAUAAAGGAUGUACAGUUUGGCUGGUGUCCUUUUCUUUUGGCAUUUCACCACCCCAGACAUACAGAACAUCCACUGAGGUGAGAAUCCACACUGAAUGUUUGCUGUGGCCAAGUCCCCAACAAGGAAGGUGCCUCGUGUAGCAACCGUGACUACAUUGUGCGUCUGCCUCAUUUCUGAUACCGUGGAGGCAGAAAAUCAACAUAGAGGAAACACCGCUCCUGCAUCUGCAAGGCAUGUGUAGCGUUUUUCAAAGUGGGGAUUCAAGUAGGGCCUAAGAAAAUAAUGUAUUUUCUGUAAAGGUAUGUUUUCAUACAAUCACCUGAAAUAAGAAUUUUGUGUUUUCGUUGGCUUAGAAUGAGCUUUUUUUUAUUAGAGCCAAACAAGAUAUAUUGGUAUCAAAUCGGUUAAUAUCGGUAUCAGCCUAUACGAAAAAAUGCUUGUGGUAAUAAAUUGGUGUCAUUGCAAAAUGUAUUCAUCAGAGUGCGCUGCAAUUUACAAUACUGUGGCAAGCAGCAAAGAGUAUUGUGUUAACUAGAACUGGUUGACAAUGUAUAUGUUAAAUUAUUUAGCAUGUUAAACAAUAUUUAACUGAAAUAUCUUUUAAUAAAGUUAGUUGUUUAAGAAAGCAG